AAGAAGCAGAACGUGAACGGCUAGUGCUUUCGUUUGUUUACGUCGUGAAUAUAAAAUGUCACAAUUACAGUUCUUGAAUGUGUUUAUCACCGAACGAUUAACAGCGGUAGCUAUGGAGAUAUCCGUUGUACUUGAACAAAAUAUAGGCGAGUACCUGGAAGAAAUCUCCCGUUCAAAUGAGGAGAACAAACGUCUACAGAGCCUGUUGGAUUUGGUUUUCAACUCUGAAAUCAAGUUACACCACGAAGACUCCCAGCAGCUCUCUCUUCCUGUCUCUGAAGAGGAGGUUACACAUGAGCAGCAGCACUGUGAGCAGGAGAGGAGCCCCAGUCUGGGACAGGAGGACCCAGGGCCCACACAGAUUAAAGAGGAACAGGAGGAACUCAGGACCAGUCAAGAGGAAGACCAGCCUCAAGAUCUGGAACCUGAUAUCAAAGACCUCUUGAUUCCUGCCUGUGUGAAAAGUGACUAUGAACAGGACCCACCUCUGCCCUCACAUCUUGACCAAACCUUGGAGAACAGAGCUAGGGACUCUCUACCCACCAACACAACUGAACAGAUCAAAACAGAACCUGAUGGAGAGGAUUACAGCAUAUCAGAACCAACUAGGGACUCUCAGUUCCUCUCUGAAGCCCAGGUAGGAAACAUAGAAGAACGUGUUGAUGGGAUGGAGAGACCCAUUCCCCCUCCCUUCUCUCCAGACUCCCAGCAGCCCUCUCUCCCUGUCUCUAAAGAGGAGGUUCCCCCAGAGCAGCAGGAGAGAAGCCCCAGGCUGGGUCUGGAGGACCCAGAGCCCACAAAACAAGAGGAACUCUGGAUGAAUCAGGAGGAACAGCAGCUGGAAUCUGACAGCAGAGUAUCAGAACCAACCAGUGACUCUCAGCUCCUCUCUGAAGCCCAGGUAGGAAACAUAGAAGAACAUGUUGAUGGGAUGGAGAGACCCAUUCCCCCUCCCUUCUCUCCAGACUCCCAGCAGCCCUCUCUCCCUGUCUCUAAAGAGGAGGUUCCCCCAGAGCAGCAGGAGAGAAGCCCCAGGCUGGGUCUGGAGGACCCAGAGCCCACAAAACAAGAGGAACUCUGGAUGAAUCAGGAGGAACAGCAGCUGGAAUCUGACAGCAGAGUAUCAGAACCAACCAGUGACUCUCAGCUCCUCUCUGCAGUAAAUCCAGACUGUUCUGCAGCUCUGGGUGAAAACAGAGUAUCAGAACCAACCAGUGACUCUCAGCUCCUCUCUGCAGUAAAUCCAGACUGUUCUGCAGCUCAGAGUGAAAACAGAGUAUCAGAACCAACCAGUGACUCCCAGCUCCUCUCUGCAGUAAAUCCAGACUGUUCUACAGCUCUGGGUGAAAACUUUGUAUCAGAACCAACCAGUGACUCCCAGCUCCUCUCUGCAGUAAAUCCAGACUGUUCUGCAGCUCAGAGUGAAAACAGAGUAUCAGAACCAACCAGUGACUCUCAGCUCCUCUCUGCAGUAAAUCCAGACUGUUCUGCAGCUCUGAGUGAAAACAGAGUAUCAGAACCAACCAGUGACUCUCAGCUCCUCUCUGCAGUAAAUCCAGACUGUUCUGCAGCUCAGAGUGAAAACAGAGUAUCAGAACCAACCAGUGACUCUCAGCUCCUCUCUGCAGUAAAUCCAGACUGUUCUGCAGCUCUGAGUGAAAACGGUAAAGUUCAUCAGAGUCCCAGCACUUCUUCAGAACAAGAUUCUAGUAACGUGGAAUCAAAUGAAGCAUCUAGUUUCUCUACCUGGACUGAGGAAGUCAUCUCAGUAACAGACAGCCACUCUUCAGACAGUAGCUCCUGCACUAAAGAAGACUCUGAGGCACGGAAACCAGCAAAGAGAACAUGCCAUUCUAGUGGUGUGGUGAACGAACCAUCUGAUUUGUCCAACUUAUGUGAUGAAAACAACCCGGGGACUGAGAUCAGCCCUUCAGACGGCAACAAAGACAUGGACAUCCGAACACCCUCUGGGGCUCCUAGUCCAGCUAAGAGGAUGUGUCUGAGGGUGCAGAGGGCUUCACCAGAGGUUGUGUGCAGCAGGGUGACCACCCCAUCAGCAGCUCCAAGCUCCACACAUGUCAUACCAAUGUCUGUAACCCACAGUGGAAGGUCUAAGAAACAGUGUUGUCGGUACUGUGGAAAGGCUUAUGUUAAAAUCGCGAGACACCUGCGGAUUGUGCAUCGGGAUGCAGCCAAGGCCUUCAGCUUCGGAAAGAAGUCCGGGGAGAGAAAAGUGUUACGUCUUCUGAGUGAAAAGGGAAGCGUUGUGCGUGAUGCUGCCGUAGCAAGACGUGGGAGUGGAGAGAUGGCCUCCUGUUCCCGUCCCAAAGUGCCAGGAUCCACUCCAUGUUACACCCACUGCUUGCACAGUCAAGGUCUGUACAUCCGAAAGUCACGACGGAAGCAUGUCAGAUACUGCCCUCUGAACCCCAAAGCUGAAGAACCAAAACCUGGACCAAAGAGGAGGAUUCAGUCAGCAAUGGCGUUUAUGAUGCGUCCUCAACCCGACUACGUCAGCACAGGUCUUUGGAAGGUCGUUUGUGGUAUGAACUCCGGCCAAGUUUCAUUUGUGGUUAGAAAUGACAAAUGUAUCCUCCUCAUGGGAGAGGAGCUGUACAACAAACUCCAGCCAGAUAACAGAAGAAACAAAUACAUUCAACAAAGAAUGAGAGAGGUGGCGAGACUCCUCAUCACGGCCAGGACGUGUACACCUCUGAUGUGCUUUGAGGACUUGGUCAUACCUAGUAAUUUACCUCACGUCAUCACGGCAGUGAGAGCUGUUGCUGGCUACAACGAGGAGAACAAAACGUACGACCGUCCGACGCUGGCUGUUCAAAUGGGAUACAACUUAAUGAACAUUGGCAGCGCUGUGGAAUCCUGUGCACUGAGGUCAGGACGACGCGAAGUCGCGGAGUCUGCUGGCAAAUUCAAACGUUUCAAGUGGAAUGAGGUUGUUUUGGCUGGAGCGCUGACCACUCUCAGUGAACCCCAAAAUAAAUGUCCACAGCCGACCCCUAUCACACAGGCGCCUGGCCAGCCGACCUGCUGCACAGGCGCCGAGCCGACCCGUCGCACACGUACCCAGCCGACCCGACGCACACGCACCCAGCCGACCCGACGCACACGCACCCAGCCAACCCAAAGAAACACUGUGAGAUUAAAGUGGAUCGUUGAUGAGGCAGCAGCAGCAGUAGAGAAACACAAGAUGCCGGUCAGAAAGAGUGGCCAAGUUCCUGGAAAGAGGGACUGCCUCAAAUGCCUCCAGUCAGAACCUGUGGCGCUCAAAAGCAGAAACUGGUCGGGCAUUAAGUUCUAUGUAAAUAGAGUCAAACGGAGACAGAGUGCUGCAGGGAAUUCAGAGGGCAGCACCCCUGACCUGGACUCAAACUCAGGUCCAGAGACUGGCAACCCAACACCUUAGCCAAACAAAAUGUUAUUGUUCUUUGACUCAAUACUUGGUGCAUUCUGGGUGUGCUAUAAAGUUCAGACGUUAUGGGCAGAGUUAGAAAUCUGUCUGUCAGAGGUUUUACAAUGCAAGUUUACUUUGAAUCCGUCUGUAUGCAUGUUUCAAGACAUGGCAUAGUAGAUAACGUUAGAUAACCAAUGGGUUGGACAAUAUUAUUUUACUUAAAUACUGGAAGUCAAAUUAUACUCCAACGUUAAGAGAAUGGAAGAAUCAAACAUUUUAUUAUUUAAUUGAAUACAAUCUUUCUACAGACAGAAACAACACAACGAUUUGAAGUCGUGGGAAAAUGUCCCUUUUUUUAAAACUUGUUUUUCAGCCCCUGAGAAACACAGUUACUGAAGCGUCCCUGGAGCAGUUUAGUGGUUCUGUGCCUUGCUCAAGGGCACAACAGCAGGAGGCGGCAUCUAGGAUACCCGGAAGCCUACCAGAAUUGUUCCGUUCAGACUUGGGGAUUCAAACUCAGUGACUUUCCAGUUGCAUGUCUGCCUCUAAGGACAUGAUCAAUGAAAUGUUACCUGGCUAAAACCAUUUACAACAACUACUACAUUACAAACUGUUUUCCUUAGCUCGCUGAAUAACCUAGUGUUGGACUACGGUUAGCAAAAUUCACAGGUUUUCCAGAAAUCCUGGUUGAAAUGUUCACCGAAUCAGAAGGGAUUUUAAGCAUGAAAUCCGGAAUCCUCCAUCCAGGAUUUCCGGAAUACCUGUGAGUUUCGGGAGAGAGAGCAGGAUUUCCAGGAAUACCUGUGAGUUUCGGGAGAGAGAGAGCAGGAUUUCCAGGAAUACCUGUGAGUUUCGGGAGAGAGAGCAGGACUUCCAGGAAUACCUGUGAGUUUCGGGAGAGAGAGAGCAGGAUUUCCAGGAAUACCUGUGAGUUUCGGGAGAGAGAGAGCAGGAUUUCCAGGAAUACCUGUGAGUUUCGGGAGAGAGAGCAGGACUUCCAGGAAUACCUGUGAGUUUCGGGAGAGAGAGAGCAGGAUUUCCAGGAAUACCUGUGAGUUUCGGGGGAGAGAGAGCAGGACUUCCAGGAAUACCUGUGAGUUUCGGGAGAGAGAGCAGGAUUUCCAGGAAUACCUGUGAGUUUCGGAAGAGAGAGCAGGAUUUCCAGGAAUACCUGUGAGUUUCGGGGGAGAGAGAGCAGGACUUCCAGGAAUACCUGUGAGUUUCGGGGGAGAGAGAGCAGGACUUCCAGGAAUACCUGUGAGUUUCGGGAGAGAGAGCAGGAUUUCCAGGAAUACCUGUGAGUUUCGGGAGAGAGAGAGAGAGAGCAGGAUUUCCAGGAAUACCUGUGAGUUUCGGGAGAGAGAGCAGGAUUUCCAGGAAUACCUGUGAGUUUCGGAAGAGAGAGCAGGAUUUCCAGGAAUACCUGUGAGUUUCGGGGGAGAGAGAGCAGGACUUCCAGGAAUACCUGUGAGUUUCGGGAGAGAGAGCAGGAUUUCCAGGAAUACCUGUGAGUUUCGGGAGAGAGAGCAGGAUUUCCAGGAAUACCUGUGAGUUUCGGGGGAGAGAGCAGGAUUUUGCAACUCCAGUUGGGCUCUAUUAAAGUUACUAUUGAAUGAUCAUCAUCCUUGUGAAAUCUUUAUUGAUAGAACUAAAUACUGCUUCCUACAUGGACACUUUUAUGAUAGAAUUGGGCAGGACUCAAUCAUUUUGCCAUUAUAGAGAUAUAUAUUUUUGUAACAUCCCAAUUUAAUGUCUGGUGUAUGUCACAUUACUCAACAACUCCAUUUGGUGUCGACUUAGGGAGAUGGGCUUACAAUAUGUGCCAAUGUUACCCUAAAUUGCUUUGUUUGAUUCUCCACAACAGACAGACUACUUUUGUGUGUUUCCUCAUGGAUGCAUUGCCAUACACCUGAGAACAGUGGGAAAACACACUGCUACAAACAAAACAAGGGCUUCAUUCAAACAUGUCAAUUCAAGACAUGAUCAGUGUCGUUAUUAGAACACACAAAUACAGUCUCAGAUGUCUCUAAAACAUCUAGUUUAUGUAUGAAACCACUGUUGUAUAAUGAUCUGUCAUGUAUUAACUCAACUCUGUUGCAUUAUUUGAGACCAAGUAUUCGCAUCCCUUGACUUUUUUCCACGUUUUGUGUUAUAGCCUGAAUUUAAAAUAGAUUGAAUUGAGAUUUUUGUCACUGACCUACACACAAUAUCUCAUAAUGUCAAAGUGGAAUUUGUUUUUUAUUUUUUUAUUUGACAAAUUAGAUGACAUAUUUCUGUUUUUCAUUUUCAAUAAAUAUGCAAAUAUUUCUAAGAACAUGUUUCUACUUUGUCAUUAUGGGGUAUUGUGAUGUCAUUAUGGGGUGUUGUGAUGUCAUUAUGGGGUGUUGUGAUGUCAUUAUGGGGUGUUGUGAUGUCAUUAUGGGGUGUUGUGAUGUCAUUAUGGGGUGUUGUAUGUAGAUGGGGGGGGGGGAUAUUGAAUCCAUUUUUAAUUCAGGAUGUAACACAACAAAAUGUGGAAUCAAGUGAUAUGAAUGCUUUCUGAAGGCUCUGUACACGUAAAGGAUGACCCAGAGAGACAGGAGUUAACAUGUUUAGUGGUGGAGGAUACAGGUCUUGACUUUGACCAAAAUGAAUGAACCCUUUACAGAACCCUUUCGACGACUUGAUCACGGCUUUUACACACACUGAUGUAGUCUGUUUUGCCUGCUGGGAGAGGGAGGUCCUCCUGACUGAGGAGAGACGAACAGAGGUUGUUGGGGCUGCCUGGGGUGCAGAGUGGGUCGAUGUAAGACAACUCCCUCUCUCUAUCCUUCCUCCUCUCCGACUCCAUGUCUAUCUGGAGCUCAAGCUGCUUCCUAGGUCCCCCCGUCCCCAUCUUGAUCGACGGACGCCUGCUCCGGCUCUGAGACCGCCAGUAGCUAUUGCUGUCGUAGGACGGGAGUCCCUCCUUUUUUAGGUGAAAACUCUUCUCUUUCUCCACAAGCGUUAGGCCCUGGUCCUCGCCCUCCUCUGUGUCCCCCCUCUUCUCUCCUGGACCCUCGGCCCGCAAGCCUGGUGUAGAUCGCGUGCUGUGUUGGUGGGUCAUAUUCUUCAGUUUCUUCUGACUCGUCAGCUGCUGCUGCACUUUGCUCUGCUGCCUGUGGGUGGCGCUGUGGCUGUAGUACACAGACCUGGGCAUCGGCCUGGCUUUGAAUGCCCUCCUCUCCUCUUUGGCCACCAGGUUCCCCAGUUCCACUUCAAUCCUCUGCUCCCUCUUCCUCCUCUCUCUCUCCAGGAAGCUGAACGGUCUCUGGGGUGAGCAGGAGGAGGCCCGCUGGUUGCCACCGCUGACCGUGACACACCGAUAAUUACCGAAGUUAACUCUGUGGUUACCGGGAUGGUAACCGGGCCGCUGGCUGAGGCGUCGGCUGAUGACGUCGUAGAGCGGCAGGCGAGUGUGGGCGGGCGCCGGCGAGGCCCGGAACUUCAUGCCACACUCCCUCAGCUCGUCCAGCUCCCGGCGCAGCAGCAAGUUCUCCAGCUCCACCUCCGAACGCGUUCUGACCUUAAUAACAAUAAUACAUCAAUAUUACAUUAGUUUUAUAUAGUACUUUUAACCCAAACUCCCAGAGGGACAUUUGCUCAGCAAGUCUGGUAUACAUAUACUGUAUUUAUGACACGUAGAACAUUCCCUAUGGAAUGCUGUGUUACAUUAUUAAUUCAAGACUCUUUAGGGAACAAUACAACUAAACAAAAACCUCCUCACCUUCCUCCUCUUCUUGUCCUCCUCCCUCAUCAUCAUCCUGAACGGCUCGGGGACGGUCACAGUCCCCCUGGAGUUAUCAGGACCUCCACCCCCCCUAUAGCUCUCGUCUCUGGUUCUCCUCCCUGUCUGGCUUGGGUUUCCUCCCUGGUUUCUGCCCUGGCUCCUGGGGCAGCAGCCUCUCAGCUGGAGCUGGAUCUGGAGCUUGCUCCUAGAUGAUGAAGUAGAUAAUGGCUGCUUACGGGUGGUGGUGGUGGUCACACUCUCUGGACAGCAGGACUGACUGUCCCUGUGUAAAAGAAAGCUAGAAUUGCAACGUAUAUCUUCGAUAUCUUCGAGGCCUUGUUUCAGUUUUUGAUGUGAUCGACCUUUUGGCUCCAGGCAGCCUUUCAUGUAUUUACGCAAGAGGAUAAGAGUUGAGCACAUAGAUUUUUUAAUUUUUUAUUAUUCAUACAGUUAAGAACAAUUUAAAGUAGAAAGAAUCCCAGAGGAAGUCACAUUCUCUCUCUUCACCUGAGACUCUUCCUGAGGAGGUUGUCCUUCCUUCUCCAGGCCCUGGGGCUGUGGCUGUCCUCUACAAUCAGAAAGAGACAAAAUAGUGAGCUAUUAGAAAUGUGACCUUGACGGAUGGAUUGAGUGAUUUUAUGUUGACAUACAAUGCCUUCAGAAAGUAUUCACACCCCUUGACUUUUUCCACAUUUUGUUGUGUUACAGCCUGAAUUUAAAAUUGAUAAAGUUCAGUUGUGUCACUGGCCGACACACAAUACCCCAUAAUGUCAAAGUGGAAAUGUGUUUUUUUUUCUCACAUUUUUUACUCAUGCAUUAAAAAUGAAAAGCAGAAAUGUCUUGAGUCAAUAAGUAUUCAAGCCCUUUGUUACGGCGUGCUUAACAAGUCACAUACGUUCCAUGGACUCACCGUCUGCGAUGUUUAAAUGACCAAUCAUCUCUGUACCCCACACAUACAAUUAUCUGUAAGGUCCCGCAGUCGAGCAGUGAAUUUUAAACACAGAUUCAACCACAAAGACCAGGGAAGUUUCCCAAUGCCUCACAAAGAAGGGCACCUAUUGGUAGAUGGGUACAAAUUCAAAAGCAGACAUUGAAUAUCCUUUAAGCAUGGAAUUAAUAACACUUUGGAUGGUGAAUCAACACACCCAGUCACUUCAACCAUACAGGUGUCCUUCCUAACUCAGUUGCCGGUGAGGAUGGAAACCUCUCAGGGAUUUCACCAUGAGGUCAAUGGAGACUUUAAAACAGGAGAAAACUGAGGAUGGAUCAACAACAUUGUAGUUACUCCACAAUACUAACCUAAUGGACAGAGUGAAAAGAAGGAAGCCUGUACAGAAUAAAAAAUAUUCUAAAACACGCAUCCUGGUUGCAACAAGUGUUAUGUUUGGGGCAAAUGCAACACAUAUAUUUUCUGCUCCAUAUUUUCAAGCCUAGUGGUAGAUGCAUCAUGUUGUGGGUAUACUUGUAAUCAUUAAGGAUUGGAAGUUUUUCAGGAUAAAAAAAGAAACGAAAUAAGCAUAGGAAGAUAAGCGCAGGAAAAUCCUGGUGGGAAAACCUGGUUCAGUCUGCUUUCCAACAAACACUGGGAGAUGAAUUCACCUUUCAGCAGGACAAUAACCGAAAACACAAGGACAAAUUGACACUGGAGUUGCUUACCAAGAAGACAUUAUACAAUCCAGGUGUGCAAAGCUCUUAGAGACUUACCCAGAAAGACUCACAGGUGUGACCGCUGGCAAAGGGGAUUCUGGCAUGUAUUGACUCAGGGCUGUCAAUACUUUUGUAAAUGAGAUUUCUGUAUUUAAUUUCCAAUAAAUUAUUUUUUUAUUUUUAUAAAAACAUGUUUUCACUUUGUCAUUAUGGGGGAUUGUGUGUAGAUGGGUGAAGAAAAAAAUGUAUUUAAUAAAUUAUGAAUUCAGGCUGUAACACAGCAAAACAUGGAAUGAGUCAAGGGAUUUGAAUGCUUUCUGAAGGCACUGUUUAUACACAGUACAUGCAUUUAUUUUUUUAAACGUGACCAGGAUUUCACAAUAAAGUCAGAGACUUACUCUAUCUCCA